GUAGUGAUGAAUUUCCACCGACAAUUUCUGUUUCAUGGAUCAAUGUGAAUGAUAAUGACUUACCAUGGAAAUAUACACCACCAAGUAGAAAUAGUUUUAGUAAUGGUAUUCGACGAUCAUCAUCAUUUUUCCGUAGUUUUAAUCAAAGGUCUUCAUCAUUCAAUACAUCACGUACAGAGAUGAUGCCAUCAAUGCCAGUAUUACCUACAUUGAAUUAUUUGAUUUUUACCAUUGACCGGUCAUUAUCCGGUUAA